AUGGGCACGCCUGUGGCCAUCGGCGACUGGUCUUCGCACCUGAGGAUGAACAUACUUCAGUGGCUGCCAGCCACGGAGAUAUGUCAGAGCCGUGCCGUUUCGCUGAACUUCACAAGCCCCGAGGAGCUCGCGUCGUGUUUGCGGAUGCUGUCAAGUCUGUGCAACAGCUCGUUGGCCCUGCUACCUCCGAAUGCGUCUUCCGACCCCUAUGCAGUGCAUGCGCGUGCAAGUUUGGACUGCCUGCUGCACAUGGAGAAGGUGUUGCAGCGGGAGGCGCAGCGGCAGAUGGAUGAUCUCGUCAGCGAUCUUAUGUGGUGGGGAGGCGGGUUCUACUGGUACCGUCACGGGGCUACCGUCGAGUUUGACGACACCCUGUACAUACGUGCAGUUGUGGCCGAGUGCCUUUCAGCGCUAUACUGGCAGGGUGAGAAUGGUUUUCUCAACAUCGGCGACCUCAAUUCUCCAAAUGGGGGCAGACGAGUUUGA